AUGUGGGAGACUACUCUCUUGCGCAGCUUUCUCAGAUGGGCCGUGGUUGAGGCUUACAAGCCCUCGAGUGCCGUCCAUUCUCUCUUGCAGAUGCAUUCUUCUGAUGAUGCAGCCAAGUAUCUGAAACCCAAGCCCAAGGGUGAUAUGAAGGUGGUCCUUGUGCGUGUGACAGACUUGCCCAAGCUGGUGGAUCAUUGGGACCAGCGUGUCAUUUCUGGUCCAGGUGAGGAGGAAAUGGUGGAAGCCUCGGGAGACUUUGAGGAUAUGUGGAUGGAUGGCCAGGGCUUUGCUAUUCCUGAUGUCCCUGAGUUGAUCUAG